AUGGCACACUCCAUGCAACUGCAAGCGAUUGAAGGCCGAUUGCAGAAGGCUCUUGAGCGCGUCCGACUAGUUCUGAAUACGGAAAAAACACCGCAAUUGGCGGCCAACGUGCACCACCAGUACAACGACAAGUAUUUUCUCGUAGAGAGAAGCACCUGCAUAGCCGCUGCGUCACAGCUGAACUGUCUAGCAUGUUUGGGCCUGACAGCCGACCAGCUAAGCAGCCUUCGCACAUGGCUGCCGGCACAGGUCUCGCUGCGUUUCAGGUCCCAAGAGAAGUGCACGUUUCUGCGCGAAGAGAAGCGCGAGGAGGAAGACCCAAGGAAGCGUGUGGAGGAGGUCUCAGUGGGUGGCGUGGCGCGGGCCAGCUGGUCGAGCAAGGUGGUGACGACCAUCACGGAGUAUUUCUGGAAGUUCGAGACGAGUUACACCUUGGAAGCUUUUCGUGGUGUCGGCGCCGAAGAUGCUGAUAGGCUUCAGCUGCUUUCGAGAAAUGGGCAGGUUGAGCUAAAGACGAGCGCCAAGUCGCCGCCGCCGCAUCCAGAAGCACGGGUGCCAGCCACGAACCAGGAGGUCAACAUCACCUGGCUGUUGCAGCAGCUGGAAGGCACAUCUCCUGUAUUCAAGAUUGACCGGGCCGCCACGGGAUGCAGCACACCGCGCCGCAACCAAGAUGUGGACAAAGCCUUUGCACACUUCACGAUGUUCACGCACUGGGCUGUUGGCGUGUCGGAUUACUUGCAACACUUGAGCGUUCUCGACCCCAGGACCUGCCCGCAACUGCCAGUCGACGACGUGUUUGUGCCAAUCCUGCCGUUGAUGGUGAGCUGUCGGACUUCCACUCCAAGCGGCCCAAGCUCACCUGCAGAGUCCUCUGUGCUAGCCUCACUGCAUCUGUCAACAGACGUUCCAGACAGCUGUAUCCUUUCCGUGUCGGAUGCCAAUGGGCUUCUCUCUGAGGAGACCCGCACCAUCAAAGAUCAACAAGGAAACAUCAGUGAAGCCCUUCCAGGCAACGAGGGUGUCUACACGCACGUGGACUGCGUUGUUCACUUAAUUUUGCGGCAUUGUGAAAACGUCGCGAAGCGCUGGGGUGACCUGGUGGAGUAUGUGGAAGCUAUGCUGCGCAAGCAGUUGGUAGAUGCCAUUGGCAAGGAGGUCACGCCAGCGCUAUUUGCUGCUUAUAUGCGAUUUCACUACCGAAGACUUUUUCGACCUGCUUUCCAACCCCGCCAGUUCUGCUUCGCCGUGCGGCGAUCAGAGCACCACAGCCCAGAGGGGACUGUCAGCAUCGAAGAGGACGCAGUGGGCCUUGACGAAUCCAGCAUUCGAAGCCCGAUCGUCACCAUUGCGAACUGUGCCAGCGGGUGCACCAUGACCUUUCCGCUAAAUGCAUCGACGGAGGUCUCCUACACAGGUGAUGUCUAUCUGCAUGGUUGGCUGUCCCACCGCUUCUCAGGAGCCAGCGGUGCAGCUCUUUACCUCUCCGCAAGAGCGCGUCAGUUCAGCUCCAUGCUGGUACUAGUUGGCCGCGUCGCGUCAGCGACCUCCUUCGAUCCCAAGUUUGCAGCCAUCCUCCAGAACAAAGACGAGCUGACCAUUCCACUAGAGCUGUCAAUGAUACCUACGCCGAAGGAGUUCAAGGAUGCCAUCGCUUCCUUGUCCCCACAGCAGCAGGCUUUUGCCAAGGCCUUUCGGUCGAUGCAGUUGGAAAGCACGCUUUUUGGCGUUUUGGUGAUUCAAAUCAAGCCGCAGCUUGAGAGACUGCUGAACCUACCAGACGACAGCCUCACCAAGGAGAUCAAACUUACCCAGGACCUGAUGGAUCUCUUCAUCAAGUACCAGAUUCCCAGCGAUCUGCUGUCAUUCAGCGAAGAUGAAGGCGCAGAAGUGGCCCCGGCUCGGCGGUUGGAAAUGGUCAAAAGCCAUGUGAAGGCUAUGCACGACAUGAUCCAGCAGGAGAAGGAGGCUGAGCUCCUGGCAGCACGUCAGGAGCUCCAGUACAAGCAGCCCAUCCUGCACCCCCAGCGGUCGGGCUCGGACUCGGACUACAGCAUGGAAGGCAUGGACGAAUGCGCAGAGCGUGGACUCUCCAGUCCCAUGUCUGAGUGCGAAGAGUGCGAGAUGGAUUGCAAUAUCGGAUGGGGCUCGGCUGCUGUGCCUGCAGCGCGAUCGGCAUCUGUUGUGCACAAGAGGAUGAAGAUGGAAGAGAAAUCCUUGGAACGGGAUCGCGACCGGGACGACCGGAGCAGCGCUGCACAUGCUGCACCCGCACCUGCGACAUCUGCGACGUCUAGCCGUCCGGGCCAACCCACACAGGGGCAGCCGUCUGAGGUGUCCGGACCAGGUGAGGGGUCCGGUGGGUCCGGCGGCCUGCUACAUGCCCGGGACUACACGAAGGUUCCCAAGCAGAUGGAUGCACAGUUCGAGACACUGGCUCCGGACAGUGCGCUGCGCCCGACUAUCAUCAAUCCUGGAAGUUGCUGGACAAAGCGGACGCAGAAGGCCUUGCUGGCGCAACCCUCCACAUCAAGCCUCUUCCUCGACGAGCAGAAAACACAGAAGGAUGCGGCUUUCGACUUGCUUGAUGCCGUUACGAAGUCUGGUGCGAUACCUCUCAGCCAUGCCGCCCUUCACAUCGUGAUUGCCGCAACGCACUGCUUCGACAAGACAGUCACAGAAACAGUUGUCCAGGACAAUGUGAACCCCAUCGACAAGGUGGAGCGCUCCGCCUUGAUAGUUGCGUCGACAGUGCAUCAGCAACCUGUGGCAGCUCUCAUCGAUGAGGCUUCCAUGGCCCGGGUGAGCAUCUCGAGCCCACGGCUUUUUCUGGAGUGA